AUGCCUCCUAAAAUCCACCUCGCCAAAUCCAUACGCCAAUACAUGCAGUCUCUGCAUGGCGCUCAAGCACAACUCACAGUGGUGAUGGAUGAUGCUUACGACUACAAAAUCGGCCCAAACGAUUUCGACCCUGACACCAUCUUUCUCGAGAUCAUCACACUCGGGAACCAACUCUCUGCAGCCCUUCAAAAACUCACGCCCGCCCAAGAGACUGCCUUUGAAACUCAUAUCCUACAUUGCCUGGCCAGUAUGGUCUAUGGCUCCAACAUGAUCGAGCGCGCCGGAAGCGGUCCCGACAUCACACUCAAGCUUUGCAUGGCAAUCUUUCGCGGCGAGGAAGUUCCAGAAGACAUCGGGGAAACGGACGAAGAAUUCUUGGAGUUGAAAAAGAAGCUCCUACGCGAGAAUCUCCCAGCAAAUACUGCUGCGGUUUUACGCAGUCGUCGCGAAAUCGUGCAACACGCCCAGGCUGCCUCCUACAUCAUCAGUCAACUUGUCAUCCACAAUCAGGAUCUCAGCGAAGAGAUCAUUCUCAAAACUCACCAAAUCCUCAGUCACAAAAUCGACGCCGAAAACACACCCUGGAAGGAAUACAGCGGUGUCUAUCGCACAGAUGGAGUCAGCGCCGGCUUCCACCAAUUCCCUCAUCACAGCCGCGUGCCCUACAAAAUGAAGGCCAUGAUCCGCGAACUUGAGUCGGAUCUCAAAGGGGCCAUCAAAAAGGGCACAAUUGACCCUAUCGCCAUUGCCUCCAAGUAUACUCACAUAUUUGUCAAUAUUCAUCCCUUUUUCGAUGGCAAUGGACGUAUGUGUCGCUUGAUCCUAAAUGCCAUGCUCCUCAAACUGGGCAGUUUGCUUGUUUGUAUCGGUGAUACGGAAGAGGACCGCAGCCUUUAUUUGGAAGUUGCUGCUAAAGGAAGUGCACUCGAAGAUACAUAUGGAGAUCUCGAUGAAGAUGAGAAACCAGUUAUGCACAGGGAGCUGGGAAGCUUUGUUCUGUCGCAUGUUAAGAAGAGUAUGGACAAGCUGGUUAUCUUUUUGUAA